UAGCCAUCAGCUCUAUGCGUUCCAUAGGUUCAACACUGGCUGCGAUUGGUGAAGAUGAGAGUCCUAACACAGAGAUUCCAGCAGUCUUCAAGAAGUUUUCUAUGGAUAUUGGAUCCUACUUCAACUGCUGCAAUAGCCAUCAGCUCCAUGCAUUCAGUAGGUUCAGCAUUUGUUUCAUGCGGUGAAAAUGGAACUCCCAACACAGAAAUGCCAGCAAUUAGUCCCAUGCACAUGGGUUCAAACUCACUCCCAAAAUCAACUAUUGGAUUGCCUCUAAUGUCUCUACAAACACUGGGACAGUUACCUAAGUCAGUUAAACUGGACCGAUCGCACAAUGUCUUGUCAAAUCCACCAUUCAGAUGUGCUGAGCUGCCAGUUUCCAAUUCACAACUGACAGAGCCCAUCAAUAAAUGUCUUGAGUACAGCACAUCUUCUACAAAGGAAAUCAGUGAAGGUUCAUCUCAAAAUGCAGAUUAUUUAGGGUCUCAUACGCGAAACAUAACCUCAUUGACAAAGGCAAAAGACUUGAGGUGUACAGUGUGUGGCAGAAUUUAUAAGAAUAGAGCCAGACUGGAGUACCACAUUCAGAGUCACCACACUCCAAAGAAGUACCAUUGCACAGUAUGUAACAAGGCAUUCUCUCAACAAAAUCGAUUGAAAAAGCACUCAGUUACCCAUAGCACAAAAAGACCUUUUGAAUGUGACAUCUGUCACAAGGCAUAUAAAAGAAGCUUUGAGCUUACAGAACACAAGAAACGCCACAGUGCUACCAAGAAUUUUGUGUGUGACACAUGUGGUUAUGCAACGAUAAAGAGACUGACCCUGGAGAUGCAUAUGAAGAGACACUUUCAAGAUUACAAAUUCACAUGUGACAUUUGUGGCAAAGGUUACUAUACAAACUCAGAACUCAAAGGGCACAUGGCAUUCCAUUCAGGAGAAAAACUACAGUGUGAAGUCUGUGGGAAAGAAUUUCCUGGAAAGGCCCAUUUACGCAUCCAUCAGCAGAUUCAUGAUCCAGAUCGAAACACCCAGCGAUUUCCUUGUGAUGUUUGUGGAAAGGCAUUUGGAUACAAGUUCAAGCUAGAAGUUCACAAGAAAAGUCAUGCAGGAGAGCCAAAAUACAUAUGUGACAUAUGUGGGAAAGCAAUUGGUAGUAGGUGCUCGUUAAAGGUUCAUCGUCGUAUCCAUACUGGUGAAAAGCCAUUUGUUUGUGAAGUAUGUACUAAAGCAUUUCGUUCGCGUAACUAUAUGCGAGAUCAUAUGCGUUCACAUACAGGGGAGAAACCCCAUAAAUGUAGUGAAUGUGGUAAGUCAUUUACUCAGCGAUCAACCCUGGUCAUCCACAUGAGGUACCACACUGGACACAGACCAUACAAGUGUCAACAUUGUGGGAAGGGUUAUGUUACCAAGACCCUCAUGACAGCCCAUCAGAAGAGCCAUUAGUGUUUGAAAAAAUUGUUAGGCUCUUUGGUGUAAUAAACUGGACUUCCUUACUCUAUGGCCAGCAGCAUGUGAUGUUGCAGGCAGAAUCCUCCAUGUAACUGUAAUAGCAUACUCUUUGAUUGCUCUUGUCACAUAAAAUUUAAUAAUAAUCACUGACAUGCAAGUAUCAAAAUGGAACCUGCCAUAUUAAACUAUGUUCACAGGGCAUUCUUAAUAUACUGCCCAGUGCUUGUACCUGGUAGUCUGAAGCUGUGUGAUCACUGGAGUUGUUUGUGAUUUAUUUAACAGAAGUUAUUCUUUUUUAAAUGUCUCUUAUUGCAUUUGGAAUAAAUAAAUGUUUGAGAUUUGUUGGUUUACCUCAGUUCAUUA